AUGGAUAAUCUCAAAAGAAGACAUCCGUACCAGGCGUUUCAGUUAUCACCCAUACCUGGACCAUUUGAACCCAUUCCUUUGCAGAGCCCGGACCAUGAUGAUCUUGAUGACAAUAUACAAAAGGAAAAAACACUGAAAUCAGGGCCAUCCCCAAACAGAACCUGGCUGCUUUACUGCCAGGAGAAACAACGCUUGCUGACAACAGUUGCAUUGACCCUGCUCUCUCUGUGGACCCGAUUUCGCUUGAUCGGAUUAUCCAAUUUUGUCGUGUGGGACGAGGCUCAUUUUGGCAAGUUCGCUUCAUAUUAUCUGAAAAGGGAGUUUUAUUUUGAUGUGCAUCCUCCGCUCGGAAAGAUGCUGCUUGCAUUAUCAGGGUACUUGACAGGCUAUGAUGGAUCAUUUGGGUUUGAUUCAGCGGCGAUGUAUCCGGACACCGUCAACUACACGUCGAUGCGCAUAUUUACUGCCACCUGGGGAGCCUUGUUGGUGCCGUUGGCUUAUCUGACGGCGCAGCAAUUUCACAUGAGCCAGAAAGCUUGUCUUCUUACCGCUUCCAUGGUUCUCUUUGAUACCGCCUAUCUCUGCAUUAGCCGAUUCAUUCUCUUGGACUCGUUGCUCUUGUUUUUCACGAGCACGUCCCUGUAUACUCUGGCGACAUUUCGUAAUCAGUCAGACAAGCCGUUUUCGCGCUCCUGGUGGACCUGGCUGUCCUUGACCGGUUUGUCGUUGGGUUGCGUGCUAAGUGUCAAGUGGGUCGGUUUAUUUGCUGUGGCCCUGGUUGGAUUUUACACCGUCGAGGAACUGUGGGAUCUGCUGGGGGAUGUACAAAUGCCCAAAAAGACGUACUUGUGCCAUUGGAUCGCGCGAGCCGUUUGCUUGAUUGGACUGCCUGCCAUGAUUUACAUUGCCAGUUUCGCAGUUCAUUUUGCGAUCCUCACCAAAUCCGGGCCGGGCGAUGCCGUCAUGAGUUCAUUAUUUCAGUCCACAUUGGAAGGAAAUUCCUUGGCAAAUAAUCCGCUCGAGCUGGCUUACGGAUCUGUUGUAACGAUAAAGAAUAUCGGUUAUGGCGGCGGCUUACUCCACUCUCACGUCCAAACCUAUCCGGAAGGUUCCCGACAACAGCAGGUGACAAGCUAUCAUCACAAAGAUAGGAACAAUGAGUGGCAGGUUCGCUUUGCUCGAAACAGUCCUCAAGAGAAUUUGAAAGUGCAAGAGGCAUCAGAGGAAACCGUCGUACGGUUCGUUAAAAAUGGGGAUGUGAUACGCUUAUACCAUCCCGCCACGCAACGCAAUCUUCACAGUCAUCGUAUCCCUGCCCCUCUCACUUCAAGCCAAUGGGAAGUCAGUGGUUAUGGCAACGAUACGGUUGGCGAUUUAAAAGAUAAUUGGCGCAUUGAAAUUGUCAAGGACCCAUCAACCAAUGAAAAUCAGCGUGUCCAGGCCCUGAAAACAACGUUCCGUCUACGACACGUCCUACUGGAUUGUUUGUUGACCACCAACGGAGUAUCUUUGCCGGCCUGGGGUUUCCGACAACUUGAAGUAGGAUGUGACAGAAGUAAUCACACAGACGAUUCUCGCACUUGGUGGAAUAUCGAAGAACAUAAACAUGACGCUUUGCCUCCGGCGGAGAAAAACACAUUCAAAUCGCCUUUCUUCAAAGACUUUUUGCACCUCAAUAUUGCCAUGUGGCGAUCCAACAAUGCGCUGGUCUUGGACCCGGAGAAAAUUGAUAAUCUUGCGUCCAAGCCAACCGAUUGGCCAUUCUUAUCAGUCGGUCUUCGCAUGUGCUCCUGGGACGAUGAGAAACCUAAGUAUUACAUGCUGGGCAAUCCCGUGGUAUGGUGGUCGGCGGGUCUGGCCCUCAGUACGUUUGUCGCUACCGUUUUUAUCUGUCUCAUUCGCAUGCGGCGAAAUAUCAAAGACUUUUCGAAAGCUCAAUGGGCUAGAUUUUAUUCGGUUGGAAAAAUCAUCUUGUCGGGUUGGCUGCUUCACUACAUCCCGUUCUUUAUCAUGGGCCGAAUUCUGUACCUGCACCAUUACUUCCCUGCCCUCUACUUUGGUAUCUUCAUGGUUCCGUACCUGCUUGACUACGCAACCAGCAAGAGCUCGGCGCGCGUACGAAACGCGGUUUACGCUGCUGCAUUCAUUGCUGUUACAGGCACCUUUUUCUAUUUUGCUCCUGUCGCCUUUGGUAUACAAGGAUCCAGCAAACCAUAUGCUGGCCGACACUGGCGCCAAAAUUGGAGCAUCGCAUAA